AUGGCCGAGGUCGAGCCUCCCGUCGGCGACGAAUCGUUUUCGCAUGCCGAGCCGAACAUGACCGUGGGCACGAGACGUCAGGCCAACGGCACGAUCGGCUCCGUCUACUCGGGAAAUAAGAUCAGGCACCUGAAAAAGGAGGAUGGCAUCCCGCUCUGGCGCAAGGACAUCCAGUACCAAUUUCUCAAGCUCGUCUUCGAGGACAAGACGCCGGUCUUCACUCGCUGGCCGGAUGGGAAAAAGGGCUUCGACUUCGCCGACGUCUACAUCGACGCGAUGGCGCGCAGUAGCAAGACAAGCAAGAUCCUCAAGGACAAGCUCCAGAAUGAUAAGCAGGCUGCCAUCAGUAUGGCCAUGGUGUGUCUGCUCGUCAAUUUUGGGCGAAUGAACACUACCCUCAACUUUUUCCCCGAGAUGCGAGCUCAAUUGCGAACCUACCACUCGAUUCCCUCGUUACAGGCGCACCAAGACCCCAAUGCCUACAAGCAGUUGCAGGAUGCUCCUCGUCUCAAGUCUAUCCUCAAGGGUGCAUCGGAGGAUGUCGAUCAGCCGAACACUCUCGAGAUGAUCAAAAACACCCAGAUUCCCCGAACCAAUCCCGUCAACUUGAUCUUCGUUCUUGCCCAGUAUGCCCCCAAGGUGUCUGAGCUGCACUUCUUUCCUCCACGCGAUUUCUUCGAUCUCGUAAUGAGAUCCACCCUCAGCAGCAAAAGCCGUGCGAAGGCGUUUCUCUGGCUGAUGUGGUGGUAUUUGGAGGGUGAUUUUACCCAAGAGGCUGCUCUCAAUAACCCAUUCGGUGCGGGUCUGGAUGGUGAAGGAACGGGAGGCCUGCCGAUCAAGGUGCCCAACUUCGAGAGCCUCACUGAAGAUCAAGCCAACGAAGAGAACGUUGAUACGCAAUCCGAGAUUGAAUAUGGAGAGGCCAAGCGCUUGGAGCGAAAACGUAUCCUGGAGGAAGACGAGCCCCUUCCUAGGGUAACAAAACGCUCGAAAAAAGGUAUCAAUCCCAUUUUCCCUCAACACUGUUCGAUUGACGGUGAUGGCCUCGGGGGUCGCGGUUCCGCAAUGUCAACUCCAUUGCACCCCUCCUUCAAACGAUACCCGCCAGACGACGAGGACGACUACCAGACUCCUGGUCAGUCGGCUCGUUCCCGGUAUAAGCGUCCUAAGCGUGAUUCAUCCCUUAAUCGUUCCGUCGGUGGUCAACGCAUCGUCCUAAAAACUAAACUAGAGAACACCCCUGAUGCAGCUUCGCCUGCGCCCCCUGGAUCAAGCCAUCCGGUCCUCAAUCGGUUUGUCAACGAACCAGCUCUGCCCCAGCAAGGCUCUUCUCGUCGGCCCCGCCCUCUCACCCAGCAUCAGCUCGCUGUCGAGCAGAACCGGCGGCAGCGCAUUGAAUACCUACUUGCCAAGCGAAAGACCGAGGCAUACCGAAUGCUCCGUGCGAAGCGGGAAAGCGAAAUUCCUUUUGCUCGUUACGGCCGGUUGCUGCAGGGACUUCCGGACGGAUACGACACGGAGGACGAGCAAAACUCCUGGGGCAAAGGGGGUUUGAACCCCAACCCGGAGGAAGAGGAGGACUUCGGGGAGAAUGCAAGCUACUUUUUGUCCGUGGUUCGUAAGGCUGCUCGGCGACUGGAUCGAUGGGAUCACGACGACGCCAAUGGUCCUAAGAGAGACCGGAAAAAGGAACGAGAAGAGCGCCAGAGAGAUCGACUAAAUCGACUGACCGAAAGUGCUCUGGACGGAAGCGGUCGUGCGCCCACGUCAGCCCGCAGCCGCGCUCGAGCUGCACGCAAUGCCCGCCGCAAGCUUGCCGGGGUAACGGCAGACGCCGCGUCGGGAUCCACUCCCAAGGGACAAAGUGCAUCGGCAUCUCGUCCUAAGAGCAACCGGAGCCGCGGCCCUCGCGACGAGGCAGAUGGGCAGGCAGCCACGGACGACGCCGCUCGGGACGGCCUGGGAGCUCCAUCCCGGGACCACGAGCUUUCGCCCAUGCCCGCCUCGGCGCAAUUAGGGGACGAUGAUAUCGAGGGUGAGGGCGAGGAAGGCCUGGAUGAUAUUGACCGCGAGCUUCUCGGUGAGGGCAGCGGUGACGACGACGAAGGGCCAUCUCGGCUUGGAGGGCCCUCUCGGCCGUCGGAGCCGGGCUACGAGGAUAGCUUCCUGGAAGGGGCCGAUGACGACGCGGACGGUCUUUCUUCCGACGACAACGAUGAAGAGGCGGACGACGAUGAUCUUGACGAGGGUGAAGGCGAUGAGAACUCCUCAACGUUCGACGGUGGACAUGGAUAUGCUGCCAGCGAGGCCUCAUCCGUUGCCCCCGAGCCGGCCGCCGACGCAGGGCGCCAGGCAGAAGACAAGGCGGACGAGACGAUGGAGGACCAGUAA